ACAAACACGAACAAUAUGAUCUGGGAAACGACGCCGUUUCGAGGAAUCUCAUUCAGCCAUUCUCAUAUUCUCACCAACAAACGCACGCACGCACGCACACGGACUCUCUCGCCCUCGCUCAUGGCGGCGGCAGCGGCGGAAACCCCGAACGGUGGAACCAAAGAAGAAGAAAAGGGAAGGGAGGGGCGCAAUCUUCUCGGCAAGCCCAACUUCAAAGAGCUGGAAAACGGCCGGUUCAGAUGCACAGAGACGGGCCACGAAAUGCCUUCCAAGGUGAUCAACUCCUACGCCAACAGCAAGCGUUGCAGAAUAGGCCUCAUCGACCACGCGCUGACUCAGAACAAACCUCCUCUCAACAUGUUCAAGCAAGACCCUCUUUCUCGUUCUAAGUUAAUAUGUAAGCUGACUGGUGAUACCAUCAAUAAGUCAGAAGAGCACAUUUGGAAGCAUAUCAAUGGGAAGCGAUUCCUCAAUAAAUUAGAGCAAAAGGAAGCUGAAAAACUAACACCAAAUGGGGUAAAGCAAAGUGAGCGGAAGCCCCAGAAAGUUUCAAAGCUGGUGGCAGAUGAUACGAAAAAAAAUAAGAAAAAGAAUAAGGAAAAGGAUGACUCAGUCGACAAGCUAAUCUCUAAGCCAAGGAAGUGUUCUGAUGUGGACAGUGAUUCAGAAGAAGCUGACUUCUGGAUGCCUCCUGUUGGAAGCCGUUGGGAUUUUGACGAUGGGGGAGAUCGGUGGGGCUCUGGCUCAGAUUCAGAGGACGAAACUGAUGAAGUUGAUGGAACUGAUGACGUGGAUGGAGAGUGCAGGAAUGAAUCAACAGAGCUCUCUAAGAGGGCAAAGCGAAUGUCCAUAGAGGUUGGACCCAGCAGCUUUGCUUCGAGGAAGAAGAAGAGCAAGACUGAGUCCUCACAGUGAUCUUUGGCAAUAAUUGUCUUCUGUGCUCAAAACUUUCUGAACAGAGGCUUCCGGUUAUGUCUCAUUGCACAUCGUCACAGAUUAGGUCAUUUGUACUUUUGAACUAAUGGGAUUUGCUGUGUCAUGCAAGUUGAACUGAUUUUUUUAAUGAUAAAUUAUAUUCUGUCCACAAAA